GAUGUUAUAUCGAAUGUUCAUCGUUUUUAUAGUCAUUGUUGUUUAUUUCUCUGGAAAAAUAAAAGCAGCACAAAAUGAUAAAAGUUCACCAAAAAUUUACCAUACAUUUCCAGCCAAAGACAUUGAAACCGAUGGUAGUGUUGAGUAUAGAAUUGAGCAUUUACAACCUUCAAAAUAUAAAGAUGCACUGAAACUGAUGACCGAUUUUCUUAUCAAACAAGAUCCAACAAUAGCAGCGUUUAAUAUAGCCAAAGACGCCGGAUCUGCGAUGUAUUUGAAAAAAUAUUGGACUUAUGUGCUCAACCAACAUCUAUCAGUGGCUUGCUUUAAAGAGGGAUCAGAUAAGGUUAUCGGUGUAAAUUUAUUAUAUGUAGAUAAACCGGGCCGAAGUGGAUUUAAAUGGGUUAAACCGAUUAAAAUUAAAAUGAUGCAAAGUGUAAUGGAGUUCGUGAAUUUCGAUGUAUGUGACAAGUACAAAGUUAAAGAAUAUAUGAGCAGCGCUGGUCUUUUGGUACAUCCAGAUUAUCGUGGUCGCAAAAUUGCUGAGCAUCUUCUCAUUGCCAGAAAAAUAGUUUGUGAAAAUGCUGGCAUACAAGUGACAUCAACCAUUUUUUCAGCAGAUGCCUCAAAUCAUAUAGCGGAUAAAGUAGGGUUUGAGCUUAACGCUUCAAAAAGCUAUCAAGAUAUUGCGAAAAUUUAUAAACAAUUUGCCAAUGUGUCGGACCAUUUUUUGACUCGAAAAUCUAUCAAGUAUUAAUCAGUGAUUACUUAUUAUCUUUUUUUUUAUUGAAAUAAAAGACACAUUGUGAAAUGUU